AUGAAGCUCAGUGGCAUAAUCGUAAAUAUUUUGAAGUGGGAUUUUUGGUUAAAAGACGGAAUUGCCCCCGUCUCUCACACACUCUCUCUCUCCCGCGCGUCGCUCUCUCUCUCCUCUGGUUCGCGACAGCCACCGUGGCCGACCACGUUUUGGCCGGCCGUUCGCUCGUCCGGCCACCAAAGUCGACGGGGCCGGUACCAAAAUGACCGGGCCGCCGUCCUCUUCCUACCCCAGCCAGGUCUCGCCGUCAGCCGUCGAGAUUUCGCCGGAAAAUCGAAGAGAAAAGCUCGGUUUCGCCCGAAACUUCGCCGGCUUCGUUCUCCGUCGUCCGGCCGCCAUUUUUGGCGAUCAAGGUAUGGAAAUUCAUCCCUUCUGCAUGAUCUAGCUGAUGGUUGGGUAGGAUUGUAUUGA